GAGUUGAGAUAUUAUCUCUGAGAUUCUCUGCUACACAUAAAUCUUAAAUACCGAAUGUUGUGAAGAUUUUUAAGCUGUUCGUUGGUGUACGUUAGUGGUUGUUAGUGGCACUGCUCAGAAGAGAAAAUGAGGAGGUAAAACAGGAGGAAGGAGGCGAAGCUAAUCUGUUUUUGGCUUUUAUUCAUUCGUUCAUGGAAUGGAAACGCUUUUGUGUGUUUAAUACUGCUCAUGUAAUGUAGUUUUUGUUCAGGGAGACAUAAGCAGAAAAUGUGACGUUAGUUAGUGGCCACGCAGCCAGAGAGAGAAGACAGGAGGUAGAAAAUGAGUCUGAAGAGGAAGCAGCCGAGACAAAGGAAUAAAGAAGAAACAAAGAGCAGAGAGGCAGCACCGUUUCGGGCUUUAGUUCAACAAAAAUACCAGUGUGUCUUCAAUAGGACUGUUAUUGUGCACCAGUUUCCUUCUACUCAAACAUUACAAAUGCUUCUGUUUUGUGGUCUCUUCCCGACUAAUGUCUUUUUAAAAAAGCCUUUCAGAUAUAUCUUCAAGAUUCUGACUGUGGAAUUGUUUUCAUGCGUAACUCAUAUCAAUGUAUAUAUAUGGUGCUCAUGCUUACUCUUUUGGUUGUGGUGCUUUUUAUUUUAUAUACCAGGGGCUUUAAACUUUUAUUUACUUUACUGUGUAUAAGGUUUAUUGUGUAGGGANUUUUUUUCAGACAACAGAACAUAAAAAUUGACUUAGUAAAGUAACUGUAAUGUAGUGUAGUGUAGAUAUUCUAAAAAGCAGGAGAGGUCCUACUAGAGAUACCAGAGGUCGUCAACGUGUCUUAAAAAGUGUCCAUAUAUUAGCCCAUGGAAAAGGGGCUUAAAAGUUUGUAAAGAAGUCUACCAACCAAAGGGGGCUUUCGAGGUUCAUGGUUUUUAAUACGUGUCAUUGCUAUCAUCACUGGCAGCUAAUAUAGGAAAGCUUUUUAACAAAUGUUCUAAAGUGGCAAAAACAUGUUGGCAAUGUUACAGAGCCAUGUGAUGAAACCUCUCUCUCCAUGUGUCACUCUUGCGUUUUCCUGAAACAUGAGCAGGGUUCAGCUUUCCUCAGCACGAGUAUUUUACUGCUGCAGAGCAGUCACACCUUAGUUUGUUUUUCAUAGUGUGUUCAGCUGCUGAUCUCACACACCAAAUGGCACAACUGCGACUGCUUCUUACUCUAAGUUUUCCCUGAAAAGGAAAGAAAAAGGAAAACUGCUCAACAGCUCUAGGCUGGAAAAAAAACCCCAACAUACCCGAGCUGUUAUUGAAAAGUCCCAGACUUACCCCAGCUCUUAUUUAAAGAAAGUGAACUACCUGUCGUUGUGACACAGCGCUGCACACAACAAAAUGUGACCUCUGCUUUUAACCCAUCACCAAAGUGAACAGUGGGCAGCUUUAAGGACCAGGGGAGCAGUGUGUGGGGACAGUGCCAUGCUCAGAGCACCUCAGUGGUAACUUGGACUCGAACCUGAACCAAGCCUGCUUCCUUAACCACUAAGGCACCACUACCCAUGCCCCUCAUAUUACCUUACUCUAAAGAUAUUAUUAGAAUGUUUGGUAGGAAUUUGUUAAGUAUGAAUUUUACGUCUGUGUAAGGUAUAACACAUAGUCAUAGUGUACAGGUCAACAAGAGGUUUAAAAUAUUUACUGAGACUAAGAGGUAUUAAGCAUCUGCAGUGUAUGACAAUAUGGUAUGAUAGCAUUGUGUUCUUGUUCUUGUUUUUUUUUCUUUAGCACAGAGAUAUUGUUGUAUAUUAAGAGACACUAAUGGUUUCCAGAAAAAUCUCCUACAUUUUAAAACAGCAACUUCCUGUGGAGCUGUUUGUUCCAGCCUGAAGCUCAGACCUCUUGUCUGCUCAUGCUUUUUUUUCACUAGUCAGCAGUCCAACAUGUGACACUGAGGCAGAGAAGGUCUUUGUGGGCUUUUCCAAGGAAACCUUUUGUUGAUGCUGUUACAGGAGAGCAGCAGGAGGGUGGUGCUUUGCUCCAGUGGAGGAAAGGUUGCUCAACAUUUAAAGGGGCAGCUCAGGAUUUCUAAAGCGUGUUCUGUAUGAGGUGAAGACAGUAGGACUACUGUGUUGCAAAAAUCAAUUUCCUGCUGGAAUGAUGCAUCUUGAUGUGAUAAGGAAGUGAACUUGUUCUUCAGCCUUGAAGUGACAGAUACUUUAUCAGGAGUGUUGUAAGGUACCCUCCUCGACCUCACCAUAACAGACCUGGCCUAUCCCUUUAACACCACUUGUUUGUGUAUUUGUGAGCAAAGCAGCAGGACGUUCUCAGAUAUUUUCUCCUGGAACAUGAAGCUCUGUUCUUGUUUGUCUGACGUGAUCAGUCAACAGCUGCUGUGUUGAAGAUGAACAGGUCAAAGCGAUGGCCCAGGAGACAAACCAGAGUCCAGGACCCAUGCUGUGUGCCACAGGUUGUGGUUUUUACGGCAACCCACGAACCAAUGGCAUGUGCUCUGUCUGUUAUAAGGAACAUUUGACCAGACAGCAAAGCAGCGACCGCAUGAGCCCACUCAGCCCAAUGGCAACUAGUCCUACCUCAGAGGCCUCUGCCAUCCAAAGACUAGAGGCCAGUCUAGCCAAGGUUGAAUCGCCUUCUGCCUCCUCACCCGACACAUCUAGAAAUGCUCAAGGAUCUCUUCCUGUGACUCAACAAAUGACAGAGAUGAGCAUCUCGAGAGAAGAAAAACUAGAACCCGUAGAGCCAGUUGUUAGCCAGCCUGUUGCCGCUGGUUCUAGUCCAAGUCCAAUAGUCUCCUUGACCAGUGAAGAAAGCAAGAAUGACGCCUCCAAAACCAAGAAAAAUAGGUGCUUCAUGUGCCGCAAAAGAGUGGGACUUACAGGAUUUGACUGCCGCUGUGGUAACCUCUUCUGUGGCAUCCAUCGGUACUCCGACAAGCACAACUGUCCUUAUGACUACAAGGCCGAAGCUGCUGCCAAGAUCCGCAAAGAGAACCCUGUGGUGGUGGCCGACAAGAUCCAGAGAAUAUAAAUCUGACAUUAGGAUUGAUAUGGCAACAAUGGCAAACACCUUUGCGAUAAGACUGAAAAUGAGUGUGAACCUUUUCGAAUGAGCACUAGCACACUUGGCUAAGCGAUGAUCAAAAGGACUAGAUACACAAUAUUACACAACCUCAAGAAAAUAGUGGGGCAGGGUGAAAAAAUGAUUCUGUCUGAUAUGCAUGAAUGAUCACUUUUCUUUUUAUUUUGAUUAACAUUAGUUGAUUUAAUCCUACUUCUGUGUUGUGAUUACGUUUUUGCAACUGUUGAGUCUUUUUU